UAUUUUUGACAAGGUAUGUUUCACGAAAUCAUGUCAAAGAUAAAUCUCGAUGCAGAGAGGGGGAUACAGGGAUCCUCAUCAACAUCCCAGCUAUUUCCAAAAUGCAUGCAUCGCAACUCGAGUUGUGUUACUGAGGCCUCUUUUCUACAAAAUGAAUUUCUGGCAAAGGAUUUAUACAGAUCGAAUAUAAAACUAAGAAUAUAUUUUUAUGUACUGUUGGUUGCGAAUAUUUUCUUACUCGUCGCGAUUAGUGUUCUUGUAUACAUCUCUUUCUCGCGUAAUUUGACCCAACAUGAUAUGAACAAGAACAAUACCCGUCUGUUGGAAGCUAAAGAAAACAUACCGAUAGGUAAAAAAGCCGAACGAUUGUUUAAAACCAAAAUUUCCAAAGAAUUAACGGAGGAUGUGAAUUGUGCAGCUCUUAGAUAUAAGCUUAACGCUUCAGACGUGGACCCCGAGGGAAGUUGUUCAUUUGAGGACUUGAUUGAUGCUCUGAUCAAGUUUGUGAAACCUACAGAAUACAGAGAUGUAAUACAUUUAAUUGGUGGUAUACCAGAGGAAGAAAGAAAUGAACAUUUAGAAUACACAGUCUCAGAAUGGACUCGGGACAAGAACACAGAUUCUUCAGUUGUGUACAAUGCGACAAAUUCGUCCAUCAUCAUCCCUUCUGAUGGUUACUAUUUCUUGUACUGUCGAUUGACCUUUACCUCUGACGUCACAAGAACGGGGUCACGACAGACAGCCAUUAAGCACUCAAUCAGAAUCAAACCAGCCAAUCAAGGUUUUCAGAAAUUUGUGACAGUGACUUCCACGACCAGUACAGACAUGAAUACUCACAGUUUAAUACAAAGGGUGGCGAAAUUUCGAAAAGGCGAAGAGUUAAAAGUCACCGUGUCUAGAGCUGGAAAAGUGCAUUAUGACAUUAGUGAUGCCAGCGAGAAUUAUAUCGGCAUGUUCAAACUAUGAUUGCUUUGAACUUUGGGUGUUCUCAUUCAUUGUUGACAUUGUUAAUUUUUCUUAGUUUUUUAAACAACGCUUUUACGUUUUGUUUUACUUACUAUUGAGAUUUUUUUUCUAUGCUACCUCAAAUAAUAAAAAGUCUUAUACCA